AUGGAAGAAACUUCCGCUCAUCAGCAGCAUGGCCCUUGGCCAAAUUUUGUGAACAACACUCAGGUUGACGGUCUUAUUGAAGAAGCAACAGACGAUAACGAAGUACAAUUUGCUGAUAAUCACCCAAACGAGCCUGUCACCCCAGGGGUACAACCGGAAAUUCCUAUGAGUUCAAUUUUGCCUCCAGGAGAAACCCCAAUCUCCUGGACACCGUCGGCUAUUCAUGUUUCACAACAUGCUGGUCCAUCCAGAGUUCAGGUCGAAGACACUGAGGUUUACUCUAGAUCUCAUUCGAGAUACGAGUACACUCAGUCAGAAAAUCACCAAAGAGAAUAUCGAGACGAGGUGCACCCUCGUAGAAGAGCAUCGGUUCAUACCAGGUUGGGCUCUCAACAAAAUACCCACACCAAGACUGAGCACAACUAUGACCUGAUACAUCGUCCUGCUGAAGCAGCGGAGAAUUCAAAGUUUAUAAGUGAAAUUGCUCUGGCUCCGCUAGAGAAGGAGAAGCUCCCAUCCACUGUGGGAAAGUUCAACGGAAUGACGGACCCUGACGACCAUUUACGAGUUUUUACGAGUGCAGGGUUGGUAGGAGGCUGGACCCUACCCAUGUGGUGCCGCCUUUUCAUACAAACCCUUACUGGCGCUGCGAGAAUAUGGUUUGACAACUUGCCCACUGGAAAAAUCACGUCGUGGAAGGAUUUACGCGACAAGUUUCUAGUUCAUUUCAGCCAACAAAGGCGGUCAAUUCGAGACACUUCAGAUGUAAUGAACAUUUGGCGUCACGAUGAUGAAAGUCUAGAGGAUUUCAUCACAUGCUACAAUAAGGAGGUACUCGAGAUAGGGGACGUACAUGAGCAGCUAAUUCACGCUCAAUUCAAGUACGCAGUUAGGUGCGAUGAUAUGAUAAAGGUCUUAUCUGGGACAGAAGGACUUCUGAAGAGUUGGGAGAAAGUGAUGGCGAUGGCCAAUGUUUAUGCGCAAACAGAAAAAAAUCUCACUACCAAUAGACCUCCACCACCGCAUAACCGUCCCUCAGAUCUGGGCUCAAGGGGUGGAAGAAAGUUUAAGAAGAAUUGGCGUGAUUUUGGCUCAGGGAACUAUUCGUCCGAGGAUGCUCGGACCACAAUCAACAAACUUACCACACAAAGGGAGGCCAAACAGGAGAAUAGGGAGAGACAAUGGACUCCCUUAACUAAAACCCCUGCAGAAGUCCUGAGCACAGAAGAUUAUCAGUUCAAACCUCCGCCUCCUUUGAAAAACAAGCGUGGACAAGACCCUAGUCAAUAUUGUGAAUACCACAAGGACAAUUGGCAUACUACAAACAACUGCAUCUCUUUGCGCACCGAGAUAGAAAAAGCACUUAAGAGUGGUGAGCUUACUCACCUCCUACAAAACAUGCGCAAAGAGAUUAAGCAAAUCACUCGAGGCGAGGAAGGCCCGAGCAAAAAAGCAAAGAACUGA